AUGAUUGACACCAAGCAAAAGCGCAAGGAGGACUGGGAUACAGAUACCAAGGAUCUCUUGCAAGAGCUCUGUGAAGGCGUUAUCCACUACAUCUUGUCGCUCGACGAGCGCUUCCGCUUCGAGCACAAAGUCGUCUUCGCCGCAGUCAACAUUGCUCUCCGUGCCAUCCUCAAACCUGAAAAAUGGGCCAUUUUUGAGCCGACCAGGGAGGUGCUCUACGCCAAGGUCGGCAGCGCAUGUCUUGACAUGGCACUCGGCCUCACUGCAGUCCACAGAGCCAUCGUUGAGGCGAUGCUGGAGACCGCAGUCAUGGAUACAGAUCGCCAGCUCUCCAUGGACAGCAUUUUCAGCACACGGGCGAGCAUCCUGCACCGCAUUGGCCACUGCGUCAACGGCUCAACCCCAAUCCACUUCCUCGACUUUGUGUAUCCUCCCGAUUCGCGUACCCCCUUGGAGCAAUACAUACGCUUCGAAGUCUUGCGUGUCCUCCGGGCUGCACUGGUGGAGCCGUCUUUCUUCUCUUGCUCUGCGAGCCAGAUGGUGGCUGCGGCAGUCUCUGCAACGUGGCGUCGUCGGUUCGGAAUCCCCUGGGCGGAGCCGCUCGAUUCCCUUCCUGGUCACCAUUACGAAGAAAUCAAGUGGAUAGCGGACCUUCUGUAA